AUGAAGCUAUCAUCUAUCAUUGUCCCUGCGUGUUUCGUAGGCAUGGCUGCAUCAGUUGACAUGUCUCUAUACUCAGCAGGAACUGGAGUUGAUGCAGCGUUCAAGCCCUUUCUGCAAGAGCUUUAUGCGUCUGCUGAGGAUCCCGCUGCUACAACAAGGUUCACCAAUUUCUUCACAGUGGAUGGGAAGCUCAUUGUUCUUGAAAACACUGCCACCGGGGCCGAGCAGAUUGUCGCGUUGAAACAGGCGCUCCUCCCGACGGCGGGCAACAAGCAUUGGGAUCAUUUACCGAAUAUAACAACUGUUUCCUCAGAGACGGCUGCGCAGAAGACCUACCAGGUGCUUGGUGUUAUUGAGACUACUUUUGAUGGUGGCAAUUGUUCUCUGGCAUACUAUUCGAGUCGCUUCACUGUGACCAAAGGUGCCAACGGUUCACCAAACCUCACUCCCCACAGUGGGAGCCUCGUCGCAUACGACGACUUCGUUGUGAGUCCGUCGAAGUCGCCGACCGACAUACCCUGUACAGCUUAG